UCUUCUGGCCUUCAAGGUUCCAUUGCCUUCAAAAACGAUGCUUAGGUCAGUAAUCACGGUUUUGGGUCUUACCUUAUGGAUUUGUAUUGAGGCAUCAACAAGUAGUGACAGAGGAACAAUGUUGCAAGAAUAUUUACGAUGGAACUUUACACACAUGAAUCCGACGUGCACCAGUGCAGGGGGUGGUAGAAAUCCCUGUCAAGAUGUUCGGAUAUGUCGUUUUGCUGCCGCAGCACUCGCCAUGAAAGGUUGGCCCACACUCUGCGGAUGGGUGGGGAAAGGCGUGCCCAAGGUUUGUUGCGGAAUGCCCCUGGUUCUUGGGGAGAAGCUUAUGAAGCAAAUUGAUGAAGAAAAAGCACGUAAGAGAGAAUGCGGUACUACCAUGUAUUCUACAGGGACAUCGGAAACUGAAAAAAAGUUUUUCGAAAUAAAAGAUUCCCUGCUUCCAGUGGACACCAGUGAUUCGAAUAAAUAUGAUCCCCCCUUAGAUUUAAGUUCUGUGCCAAUGGUAUCGCCAGUUGGUGGACGUGCAUCAAGACAAGGAGAUUUUCCAUGGAUGGUUUCCAUCCGCAAAAGAGGCGAACACUGGUGCGGUGGUAGUCUGGUUGAUCGAGUCCACAUUUUAUCUGCUGCUCACUGCUUUGUGACUAAAAAAUCUGGUCCUAAUCCGGAAGAGUACACAGUUCAUGUUGGUAAUAUUCAUGUAGACGAGGGACAUCCGUUCAAUGUAGUAAAGAUUACCAUCCAUCCAGGAUAUCAGGACGGUAUUUACUACAAUGACCUUGCCAUGCUGACAUUAGACAAAGAGAUCCUCACCCCAAUGAUUGCCCACAUCUGUUUACCAAGUCCUGAUCUUGAUCUUACUGGGAAGAACACAACUCUUCUGGGAUGGGGCGAUACUUCAUUUGGUGGCAAGCAAACUCCAAUUCUUCAUAUUGUUGAUGAUCUACCUGUCGUACCAAAUGCACAAUGCAGGAAGAGUUAUGCGAGAGUGGGCAUACGAAACGUACCUCAAGGUAUUACGGAGGAUAUGUUGUGCGCUGGACUUUCGGAGGGAGGCAAAGAUGCAUGUCAGGCUGAUUCUGGAGGUCCAUUGAUGUACAAGCAGUAUCUCCCCAACCUUAAACCUUAUCAUCCAGCCCACCCAUGGGUGCUUGUGGGUGUUGUCUCUUUUGGAUAUUUAUGUGGUGAACCAGGGUAUCCAGGAGUAUACACUCGUGUGUCCAGUCAUUUAGACUGGAUUUUAGAAAAUAUGAAUAAAUAAAGACAAUUCAAGAGGUGAAAAUGUUAUAAAUUGCUCAAGAUGAAGGAUUUGGUUAUUAGUCAGGAAUUUAUUCAAAACAAAAGAAAUAUGUCUCUCUAAGUUCAAUUUAGGGAAACGUUGUAAAUCUCAUAUUUUGUCUAUUUGCUAAUAAAAGUAAUUUAUAGAACUAAAUUCUAU